AUGGUUCUCCAGAACGACAUCGACCUCCUCAACCCACCGGCAGAGCUCGAGAAGCUCAAGCACAAGAAGAAGCGCCUCGUCCAGUCCCCCAACUCCUUCUUCAUGGAUGUCAAGUGCCAGGGAUGCUUCAGCAUCCACUCCCAGACUGUUGUGGUGUGCCCAGGCUGCCAGACUGUCCUCUGCCAGCCCACAGGAGGAAAGGCGAGGCUCACGGAGGGCUGCUCUUUCCGCCGGAAGGGAGACUAG